GAAGGAGGAGGAGGAGGAGGAGACGGGCUGAACGAAGAAGACGACACGGAGGGCAAGGAGCAGGGAGAGAGCGAAGCCCCCGGGCCCGAACAGGGGGAUGAUUCAGUUGAUGUGACAGCUAAACCAAAGAGAAGUUUUUAUGCUGCAAGAGACUUAUAUAAAUAUCGUCAUCAAUAUCCAGGGUUUAUAUUGAAGAGGUCUUGAAUAAAUGGAAAGGAGAUUAUGAAAAGUUGGAACACAAUCACACUUACAUACAAUGGUUGUUUCCACUCAGAGAGCAAGGACUGAAUUUCUAUGCAAAAGAAUUAACAACCUGUGAAAUUGAGGAGUUCAAAAAAACGAAAGAAGCGAUUCGAAGAUUCCUGUUAGCUUACAAAAUGAUGCUGGAGUUUUUCGGGAUAAAAUUAAUUGAUAAAACUGGGAAUGUAGCACGAGCUGCUAACUGGCAGGAAAGAUUCCAACACUUGAAUGAAUCCCAACAUAAUUAUCUGAGAAUCACCCGGAUUCUGAAGAGUCUUGGUGAACUUGGCUAUGAGAGUUUCAAGCCACCUCUCGUGAAAUUGAUUCUACACGAGGCUCUGGUGGAAGAAACCAUACCCAACAUUAAACAGAGCGCUCUGGAAUAUUUUGUGUACACCAUUAGAGAUCGAAGAGAGAGGAGGAAACUUCUGCGGUUUGCCCAACAGCACUACACCCCUUCUGACCAUUUCAUAUGGGGCCCACCAAGGAAGCCAAAGCUGGAAGGAAGCAAACCAAAUAAAAAGCUGGCUUCACCAGUGUCCCUUCGCAACAGCUCCACUUGUAAACAUAAAAAGACAAAAGAUCUCAAGAACGCAUCUGAAAUUUGUAACUCGAGGAAUAAAACAAAUGACGAGAAAAAGACAGAGCAUAUUAAAAACGGUACAGAUAGCAACCAGAGUAAGAAAACAGGCUCCCCUGAAGUUGUUAAGCAGAGCAGUAUGGUGAAAAAUAGUAGUGCUGAGUGUCACAACACUAAAAUGGACAUUGUUGAGCCUUUGAAUCAGAAGGAGACUAUUUCUCAUUUAAAGAAACAUAAAGGCAAAAACAAGGAGAACGUUAGCCAGGACUGUAAACAUUUGGAAGACAUAGAAAAAGAUUCAUGUGAGACUAAAAACGAUUCAACAAAUAUAUCAUCCGAUAUGCAAGACAAUAUAUGUAAGGAUAAAAACCUGGCGAGCUCAUCUGUAAGAAAUAAAGAGUGAAAUCUUCUACCUGCAUAUGGCACAAUGGUUUUUCACUUGUAGAAAAUUGUUCAGGAACAAGAGAUCUUUGGUACUGGAUCCAAUGCUGGCUACAACAGCUUAGCCUUGUCGGGGUUGUGGCGUCCUUAAUUUGUUUACGGUUUGUACUUCUCCCAGCUAUGUAUUAAGCUUACAAACUGCAUAUUGCUUAAGUCUAAGAAAAAAAAACAACUUCCUUUGAAUCUGUUUUCUAUGCAUAAAAAUCCAACGUUGA